CUAGGUUAAGCGUAUUGCAUUCGACAACGAUAUAUCGACGGACGCUACAAUCGAACGAAUUCUGAAAAGCUCAGAACAGCUGAUGAAGUGAACUGAAUAGUGAACGUUUCACGUGGUUACACGUUUGUGUGUCAUUUAUUUACUUCUAGAUUGUAAAAUCUUCGGGAGAAAAGCACCGAAUCAAGUUGUGGUUCAGGUUAUGACGGUGUGAAAACAGUUCAAUUAGAUAUAGAAGACGAUGUUAUCUGUGUCAAGAGUACAUCUGCAGAUGUGUAGUACUCUUAUUCGUGGGUACACAAGGCUGUCGUGCGUACAUUUAACGAAGCAUGUUCGCGUUCAGCAAGUACUGUUCCCGUCGUCACGACAUCAAAGUACAGCAUCGAUCGAAGCAUCCAAGGAGAAAGUUUAUGUCGGUGAACUGACAGUUCCUAUGAGAGGCGUGAAACUAUUUUCCUUAAUUACUAGCGUAAGUGGACUAGUAGCGCAGCCUUUCCUUAUCCAGAGAGCGACUGAAAUUGGAUCGCAUGCCCUCGUUGUGGCUGCCUAUGGGUUUAUAGGAUUUUUCACAUUUGUCACACCGAUUCUGCUGCAUUUAGUAACUAGACAGUAUGUUACCGAAAUAGAAUAUGACAGCAAAACGGGGUGUUACACUGCAUCAACGAUCAGUUUAUUCCUCCGAAAGAAAUCAAUAACGUUUACUCCUAAUGAUGUAGUUGUGCCUGAUAUCCCACGAUUGUUUACUACAUUUAUAGCUAAAGGAGCGCCUCUGUUCGUUGAACCAUCAAUUUUUAAGGAUAUUUCUCAUUAUGGGAAAAUAAUGGGCUACGAUAAACCUCUCGAUUUAAAAAUGGGAAACAUUGAUGCUCAAAAUGUAAAAAAAUGAGACUGUGUUAGUUGAGACUGCAGUAUCUAAACAUACCUGGAUCGUAGAAUUAAGAAUAUUUUUAAAAAAACGUAAUUUUUGCUGUGACCAGUGUUGGAAUGUUUUGUUUGCAAUAAAUUAUCUUUGAACACUUAUUUUUUUAUUGUAUUCCCGACGUUUUCCUAUCCUGAUUUCAAAUAUUUUAUAAUCCACGUUUUAAAAACAGGAUUCGUUAACUGCAAUGCAAAACGCCGAACGUGAGGUCACGUCAUAAAAUUAAAAACUACCUUCCUAGAUUACUUCAAUUGCAAACUGAAUAGUUACCUGUCAGGAAAAGUACAAUAUAUCGAAUCGCUUACAGAGUUCUCAGAAGUCUGAAAACGUAACUAUUACAUUCGGUGCAAUACGUUGUAAUUAAUGGCGCAUAUUCACGUCAUUCGCUUCUUGGCUCACGGGCAGUUUAAAAAGCCUUGGCGUCAUGUGAUAGAAAUUAAGUUCGUCCUCGCCAAUGCCCUUUCCUGAGCCGACUCACGGCAUACAUUGCGGAAUUGGAGGCUGACGUUUUGGAAGUAGCCGAUAUUGAUUCUAUUUCCGACGAAAAAAAAGUAAGGGUAUUUUGCAAAUAUGACCUCAGAAAAAAAACUUGUAUUAGGUAUUGAUAUUGGAACAACUUCCAUCAAAGUUUGUGUGGUAGAUCUUCACUCCAAGGAAGUACUAUCAAAACAGUCCAAAGAUACUCAAGCAAAUGUCCCCAGCGAAUUAGGAUAUGAAGGUAACAAACAAGAUGUACCCAAAAUAAUUUCUGCCCUCAACAGUUGUGUUUCUCGUUUACCUAAAGAUCAACUAAAAGAGGUGACACAUAUAGGAAUAUGUGGUCAAAUGCACGGUGUGAUGCUAUGGUGCAAUGAGGAGGGCAACACUGCUUGGGAAUGUUCUGAAACAUACACUGGUUGUCGAUUUGAUGUUGCUGCUUCGAAAGUAUCUGCCCUUUACACUUGGCAAGAUUCUCGCUGUGAACCUGCAUUUCUUUCUACGCUCCCAGAACCAUGUUCUCAUUUGAAAAUUGUGUCUGGCUAUGGCUGUGCCACACUCUUCUGGAUAGCAAGACAUAAGCCAGAGAAAUUUGAAAGAUUUAAUUGUAUUGGCACAAUUCAGGAUUUUGCUGUGACGAUGUUGUGUAAUCUGAAGAAACCUAUAAUGUCUGUUCAAAAUGCAUCAAUGUGGGGUUACUUUAAUACAACUUCCUCAGAAUGGAACAUGGACAUUCUUCAAGAAUCUGGAUUUCCUACUCAUUUACUUCCAGAAAUUGUUAAAUCAGGUGAAAAUGCUGGAGUUUUGGCCCAAUCUUGGUAUGGCAUUCCAGCUGGCACCACUGUUGGUGCAGCUUUGGGCGAUCUUCCCUGUUCAGUAUUAGCUACUCUUGAAAGAGAAACUGAUGCAGUUCUCAACAUUUCAACAUCUGCUCAACUUGCCUUUGUAAUGCCUCCUAAUUUUGAGCCAGUUAAAAAGGAAGGAAAAGAAACUGUAAUUUAUUUCCCUUAUUUUGGUGGAAGAUAUCUUGCUGUAGCAGCUGCUUUAAAUGGUGGAAAUGCAUUAGCAACAUUUGUGAAAACCUUGCAACAAUGGUGUCUUGAACUUGGUUUCAGUGUUCCUCAGUCAAAAAUAUGGGAUAAAGUUUUGGUACUUGGAGCAGAUGAUUCAGCUGUAACAUCCCUACAGAUAGAACCAACAUUGAUUGGGGAACGGCAUGCCCCUGUCCAGAAUGCUUCUGUAUCUAAUAUUGAUCUGGGAAAUUUAGGACUUGGUCAAGUGUUCAGGGCUCUCUGUAGUGGAAUCAUACACAAUGUCCACAGCAUGAUGCCAAGGGACAUAUUGGUGGAUUCACAAAUAAAUAGAAUUCUUGGAGUAGGCUCAGCUUUAACAAGAAAUAAAGUCCUUCAAGCAGAAGUGAAAAGUUGGUAUCAGCUUCCUAUUGACUUCGUUUCUGGAGGAGAUGCUGCAGUUGGUGCAGCUCUUUCAGUAAAUCAUGGAUAUUAGUAGUAAUAAGCGCGAGGCAACCAUCUUUUUUUUUAUAAAAAAUACUGAAGCCAUUUAACGUUACUCAAGUUCUAAUUUUCUGUGUAGGAUCAUUGCCAAAAAAUGCAAUACGCACAAGGUGUAGGAUGUAGGAUUUCACAGCAACAUAUAGACUGAUAAGCAAUGCUCACAUCCCUUCUUUUAAAGUGGGUACCAUUCUGGUUGAAUGCUCAUAUUGCACCAUAUCUCAAGUCCAAUGCCAAACAAAGAGCUAGAUUUCAACAGCAAUACAAUUUUUUAAACUUCUUAUCUUCUGAGAUGUUCCAAAUACUUGCCAAAUGCUGUAUAAACAUUUUAAAUCUUGCCAUUAUAUUAUUACAAUUGUUGUUAUUAUUAUUCCUUUUUUAAUAGAAAAUUUUCAUAUUUCUACAAGAUUUGUGUAUUGUUGAAUUAUUUUCCUGUACAAAAUUUUACAAACAAUGCAAUCAAAUUGCAUUUAUGUUUAGGGGUGAAUGUAGUGUAUAAAAUUGAAAAAAUAAAAAAAUCAAUAAACUUCAAUAUAAAUUUUGUUUGUAAAUAUGUUAUUUUUCAACUGCACAUUUUAAAACUUCUUUAAAUUCAGACAACUCGUUCUUUCUUUAUCUAAAUUCUUUUCCCAACUUUCCAUCACAAAUAUUAACAGGCAUGAAUAUUUUUAGUUUCAUAUCAAUUACUAUAUUCAUAAGAAAAUUUCAAUGCUAUUAACUCCUAUUCAUUUAUAAUCCAGGAAGCCAAAUUAGCAAAGAGUGUAUUACUGAAAUGCAUACAAAAGUAUGCAUGACAGAUUAUGUUAAUCAGGAAGUGUGUAUCAACUACAAAGAAUUUAAUUAAUUUUUAUGACCAUAAACACAGUUGUCUAAAGCCUAACUCCAAUUAAAACUAGUGAUGCCAGAGAAUGGCACAUACUUUCUUGUACUAGUUUGAUAGUUUCCUAUUCUUGUGAGUCCAGGCUACCUUUUUGUUUUUGUCCCCAUCCUUUUUCAAGCUGUACUGGAGGCAUCCCCUGUAAAGAGCAUCUUCGCACUGCCCAAAUUUCACAUAGACCUAUCUUCACUGAACUUUUACAUACUUGCCCAUGGUAUCCUUUGGCACCAUAUCAGUGCUUGUACCACCCAGUUCCUCAAUUCAGUGACCUGUCAAGCCAAGAUACUAAAGAAGGUUUAGGGAAUGAAUACAAUAGGAGGACUCUGAAUGUUGCCCAUGCCAAGUACACAUCUUGAAAUAUUCAUGCCUUAUACAGAUUUUGAAUUCACAGUCUUAAUGUUCAUGUACUUGCGCUCACAUACCCAAAGCUCAAACUUUGAAAUCACUUUAUUCAGUCACAUAUUACAAUAAAUUUAUCCAACAAGUAAUAUAACUAAAACUUGUCUUUUAAUGCUUAACUAGCCUGUCAUGUGUUAGUAGUAUUGAAUCUAUGUUUCUAAAUGACACCAUUUGUUUCCAUGGCAAUGCAAUGUUACUGUAUCAUUAAAAUCUAUCAACUCUUUCACUCUUAAUUUUCACUUUAAUGAACAAUUUUUCCAAAAAUUAAUUAACAAUAUACAAAAUGUUGUAGGACAUGGUCUUUACAGUAUGUAUUCGCUAAGACAAUUUUUGUAGCUUCAGUUUUAAAAACUAAAGUUAAUAACUGCACAUUUUUUAAAAAGUUUAGUUACUUUCGUGUAAAAUUUAUAAUCAAGAAAUACUAUUUUAUCAAAAAUGUACAUUUUUUCAAUUUUUCAGUUACACCAUAGAAAUGACUCAAGGCCAUGAGUGAAACUGUGAAAAAUUGUUUGAAGCGCAUGUUCUCACAAAUGCAAUAAAUUAUCAUAAAAGACAGGAGUAUAAAAACUAAUGAUAUAAAAAGUAUUAAAAAAUAUAUAUUUCAGUAAAUUUUGAAAAAUAAAAAGAUUAUAUUAAAAUUCUGUUGAUGUAAUGGUUACUUGGUGCAUUUAGCUUUAACUGUACAAAAAUUUUAAAGCAAGAACUUGCAGUUGUUUCCAGAAAAUCAUGUUUUUAAUAUUUUUUAAAUUUGCUCACACUUUGCCUAAAAUUAGACAAAAACUACUAGUGUUUGCAAAAAUAUGUAACAGUCUUUAAUAAUUAAAGAACUCAUUGUGGAGAAUAAAUUACAUUGAAAUACAAAAUAUCUUUAUUCAAUAAUUUUCUUUGCAUAAGGGGGUCCAAAAAAGUUCAAGCUAGUGCAAUUUAAAAAAAAUCAGAGUCAAAAUCAAAUGUAUACCAUCGUUAUCAGUAUUUCACUCCAUUGUUCACAAGAUCUUUUUAAGAAUUUGGAAUCAUUUUCGGGGAAAUUUUGAAAAUGUGCUAGAGGCUUCUUGGGAAGUACUCCCAAAUUUAAAGAUUUUUUUUCAAAAUUGCAGGGCUUCAAGUAAUGUCAGAUCAGGGAAUAUUCCUUUUGGAAAAAUUCCUGCAAAUGUAUUAGAUGUAAAUGUUAGUCACUCAGCUAGGAGUACGUUUUGGGAAAAUCACUUCUUUAGUAUAAGGGGAUCCAAAAUGUGUAUUUCUGUAAAAAUCUCAAAAUUAAUUUUCCACAGUAGCAUGUAUUUCUUUAUAUUCUGAACAUUACUCCAUAUAUACAUACAUAAAAUGUCACAGGAUGAUAAACAGUUUGUUAGUAUCUUUUGAUAGUUAAAAGAGAGUGUCAGAUGAAAUUCAAAAUUUCAAAAUAAUGUAUAAAAGAUUUUAAGGUCUCUUUGCAUGUUCUUACUUCAUGCAUUCACUUGAUGAACUUCCCUUUGGAAAAUCGCAGAUAAUGAAGUUUUGCAUUGAGGUAUUAAUCUCUACAUCUUCAGAAUACAUAGUGAGCUAUUUAAGUGUCUCCAUUCAAUUGAAAAUAAUAUUACAAAAAUAUACAAAUGUAUUUUAACAUCUGUAUCAAGAUUUUUGAGAAAUCUGGAUUAAAUGAAAAUAAAGUUAUUAGUGGGUAACUGCAGCUACUAAGCAAAUGGAGGAGUGAAGGGAGAAUGUGCGAGUUAGCAAUCCCUAGUAACAAAGUCGACUGCAUGGCUUGCAUUUGAUCUCAAUUACAAAUAAAACAAACUGAAAUUGUGGUAUUGGAUGUUAAUCAGAAGUGUCUUUGUAAGUCAAUACUACUGACAAAAAAAUCAGUGAAAACUAGCAAUUCAAAGUAGAAAAUUAAUUUGUAGAGUUCAAUAAAUCUAAUGGCAAACAUGGUUAAAUAAUUUCUUCAAAUGCAUAGUGGGAUUUUUUUUCCAACAUCAGUGUUUCUACAACAAAGUCCAAACAGUAUAAAUUAAACAAAUGUUUCAGAACUAGAAGAGGAAAAGAAAUUCUGAUUCUGAAAAACGUGUUUAGUCCACAUUACUUAUAGAUUUAGUAGUGGAUCAUAAAUAAUCAGAAAAAUUUUCCCAAAACAAAUUGUAUUGUUUAACAAAUAAAUAUAUAUAAAUUAAUAAACAUAUUGGGCAAAUAUACUAUACUUUUGGUUAGAUUGUUUUUUUUUAUUUUAUUUAAAUUUUCGUUUUAAU